CCGCCUCACUGUGCUCUGCCUCCCCGACGACCUUCACCAUGGUCGAUGCCUUCUGUGCCACCUGGAAGCUGGUCGACAGCGACAACUUCGACGAGUACAUGAAAGCCCUCGGCGUGGGCUUCGCCACCCGGCAGGUCGGCAACGUGACCAAGCCGACCGUGGUCAUCAGCCAGGAGGGCGACAAGGUGCUGGUCCGCACCCAGAGCACCUUCAAGAACACCGAGAUCUCCUUCACGCUGGGGGAGGAGUUCGACGAGGUCACCGCCGACGACAGGAGCUGCAAGUCCACGGUGACCCUGGAGGGCGACAAGCUGGUCCACGUCCAGAAGUGGGACGGCAAAGAGACCAAGUUCGUCCGGGAAAUCAAGGACGGCAAGCUGGUGAUGAACCUGACCUUUGAGGAGAUCCAUGCGGUGCGCAGCUACGAGAAGGUGUGAGCCCCCCCCCCCCACGCCCCCCGGCCCGAGAAACGUUGAUUUCCAUAACUGUUGUUUGACUGUACGCUUCUCUUUGCACUUCGUUCUCCUUUUUUUUGUAAUUCUUUUUUUUUUUUUUAUAUAUUAUGAAAAAACUAAUUCUGUCAUGGUGAAUGGAUCGUCUUUGCAACCCUGAAAUUAAAAAGAAAACACAGAGUACAUGCGUGGCUCUUCUCUUUUGUGUGUCGUGUUGUGUUCAAGGAGGCCGGAAAAGGGAGGAGGCCGGACGGCGCCUCGGUGUCUUGGUGCGCGAUUCUUGCACCUUCCGCCAAAAAAAGUUCCUCGUUUGUUUGUGUUUUUUUAAUAUGAACAUUCUUUGGCAAUAAACCUGUUUCUGAUUCUGA